CGCGCCGCCUCAAUCGCAGUGCUGCUUCUCUCGCGCACGUAGCGCACAUCAGCUGCUCCCCGUGCAGGCGCCCUGGAUACAGCGCUGAACAAAGAGGCUGCUCUCUGCUCCAUCCUGCUAAGAUCAGUGAUGGUCAGUGCUGCUUAGCGGCUCCCUCCCGAGGAUGUCUGCUACCGACUCGGAGAGCUCCAUCGAUUGGCUGGCGACCGACAAUGAGGAGGACGAGGACAAUGAGCUGGAUGUCGCGGCGCGGAGGCCCCUGGUGGAGACGCUCCACCCGGGCAGGCGGGCCGACGCGGUGAAGAGGGUCUGGAGCGCGGCCAGCGACGGCGGCGGCGACGCCGCCAGGAGACCGGGUCAGACCACAGCGGGGGGAGAGGCGAGGAUCGGCAGGAACCCGCUGAAGAGGCCCCACGGCCUAGUGGAGGGCCCGCCGCCGCAGCCCCUCUCCAUCCAGGAGGGCCGGGAGCAGGUCUUCACCAGGAAGUGUAUGGCAUUACAAUGCUACAUUCAUCCGUUAUCGUCCAUCCUGAAUGGCCUUCGCUCGGGGAGAUAUAGAGAACCUUCAGCCCCUCUGCAGAGACAACGUGACUCACGACGGACCUCCCCGCUUCCUCUGUGUACAGGACUCAGCAGUUUCCAGGAGAGCGUCGCCAUCGACAGGAUCCAGAGGAUCAUGGGGGUGUUGCAGAAUCCCUGCAUGGGUGAGAAGUACGUCAACAUCAUUCUCAAGAUGGAGGACAUGCUGAAGAGCUGGUUUCCCAAUGUACAACCCCAAGACCAACCACCAGGCGCUCAGACGGAGCAUGAAGCUCCCCCUAAGAAACUCAAGCUCUCCUCCCCGGUGAGCACGGACCUCACCAGCGCCCCGUCCCUCGCCAGUGCCGGCGCUCCUGGCGUUCCCGCGGCACACAGCCCCACGGCCCUGCGCGUCCCGGACCACAGACCGCCCGGGGCCAAGUCGGUCGGCAGCAGGCCGACGUGGCUCCACGCCUCCCCCAUCUGCUCGCCCAGCGCGGGACAGCCCCCGCCGCCUCCGCCGCCGCCACCCCCUCCGCAGCAGGCGCCGCCGCCCCGGGCCCUGGAUGGCCCCGGGCCCCAGCCUCCGGCCCCCAGAGACCAAGCGCUAACGCAGGACAGCGCGGUGUCCUCUAGCACGGACCGCUACGCGAAAACAGACGCUGCCGCUCCCCUGAAACCGCCCCCGCUGGGCAAAAAGAUCAACGCGCCCUGUCUGGAGAGGCUCCUCAAGUCCACCGAGAGCAUCAUCGGCCACAAGGCGUCGGGGCGCGUCGUGGGCGACAGUUAGUCCUAGCCCAGGGAGGCGGGUACGCCUAGCCUAGCCUUGCCUAGCCUUGCAUGCCCUACUGGGAGCCCGACAGCUCACUUAGUCCAUUCCAGCCUUCAAGAGAAGAGAGAGGGUUCACAGAGCACACCGUGGACCGUGUUUGAAGAGCAUGAGCAGCGUGUUGAGUGAACUGUGUCCUCUACACGGGAACGCGCCCUCCCUCAGCCGACGCCACUUCAGUUUAGAUCCGUUGGGUGAACUCUUUUUUUAUUUUGUUUGCACUGUCAGAAGUGUGUGUGUGUGUGUGUGUGUGUGUGUGUGUGUGUGUGUGUGUGUGUGUGUGUGUGUGUGUGUGUGUGUGUGUGUGGGAGGAGGAUGAAAAUGUAAUGACUGAGAUCCACAGCUUUGCUUUGUCAGCAAUUGUAGAAUUGUUGUAUUUCCGAGCUCGUAGAUGCAAUAAUAUCCCUUCAAAAUGUCUGCCACCAUGCUCGUAAAAAGGGAAUCUGGUUAAUAAGAAACGAGAGGGAACCUUUAAGUUCUAUAGAAACGUAACUGUACUCAAUUCAAGUCUCUCUCUCGCUCUCCCCCUCUCUCUAUCACUCUCUCUCUCCCUCUCUCUAUCACUCUCACUAUCUCACUCUCAUGUCUCCACUCCUGUUUUUUUUGUUUUCUCCAUGUGACUGUUGACAUGUGACAUUUGUAUACUUAGAAUCAAAGUUGUUCUUGUACAACUGUUCUACCUCAACGGGGAACCACAUCCAUGUUUGUGGGUAGGACUGUAAACACUACAUUCUACUGGACCAGACCCCCCCCACGCACCGCCCCCCUUGCUAGAUCUGCAGUGACCAUCCAGGCCGUUGAGGGGGUGAGGUCUAGAUGGCGCGUUUCUUCAGCUCGUUCCAACGGCAGAUGCUCUCUCUCUCUCUCUUCUCUCGCUCUCUCCGUGGGGAUACUCGUUUGACCUCACUGGUGCCAUUGUUAAGAAUGUGAACUACAGCUGUCUCUGUCUCUGUCUCUCUGUCUCUCUGUCUCUCUGUCUCUCUGUCUCUCUGUCUCUCUGUCUCUCUCUCUCUCUCUCUCUCUCUCUCUCUCUCUCUCUGUGUGGCUCUCUCUGUCUCUCGCUCUCUCUCUCUCUCUCUCAGUAGAAGGUAAAACGUGCCUGUAAAGUCGAGCUGUGCCUGCAAGCUGGUUUAACAUGGAAACAGAAAAUAACAAAAUGACGAAAACAACAUUCAAAACACCGGAUUCUCUUGAUGGAUGUCUUUAACUCCUGCCGUUUCCAAUCUCAUUUAAAUUAUUCAAGCCUUGCCAACCACUACAUGUGGGGAAGAUGGAUGCUCAUUUCAUAGCCACAUAACUGGAUAGUGUGUGUUAGACCAGCACAGAGUGACAAGCUUUUUCUCUGUAUAAAUGUUUCUAAAAGAUGGUUGAUUUACCCUGAAAAGUGGCCUUGAUCGUGUGAUAUUUUAUACUUUCGAAAUAAAUGUGGUUAUAUUUGUUUGGUGCAAAAUUACUUAAGGUUCUCUGUCUGUUUUUGCAAUAACUUUGGCACACAAACUGAAUCACCACACAUCCGUUCAAACACAGGCCGUUGUUCACCUGCUGAAUCACUUUGUUCAACUGAACAUAAUGCCACAUCUUUAUUAGCAUUGUAAGUAAUGCAUACAAAUAUAUAUGCCAGCGGAUUUGAAAACUCAAACCUUCACAGAAGGCAUCUUGUACAUCUCUGAGAUCGAUCAGCUUCUCUGUUAACCCCAGAAAGAAGACCGCUCCACAGUGGCUCUCAACAGCAGAUCACUUAAAGGUUACUACUCCAUCGUCCAUGAUCACAUGGCCGGCUUUAGAAGAGACAAUCACUCUUCAAUGGCACAUCCGUUACAUGUUACUCUAGUAGUGCAUGCAUGGUGGAUUUCGGUCUCCAUGCCAACUUAUGUACCCGACUGAAUGGUUCUCCGUGGAGUUUGCAUGAAAGAGCAUGGAUGCAUGGGUUCCUAGGUUAUUACAGAGCCAAGUUUGAGGCAUUUAGGAGAUUCUAGUCUAGAGAGUGCCACGUGUCUAUGACCCUAGAUAUGACUGCUACAUUGAUGUUAGAAGUAUGACAUGCAAAUACAUUUAAAACUGGCAACUAUCAAGCAUACAGCACCGAUUCAAAAGAGAAUACUGCCAUCUAUAGGUGACCACGCUCCUACCCCGGGACACACAAAAUGAUUAAGUAAUUAGAAAACAAUAAUAAUCAAUUUCACCCAUUAAUUGUAUCAAUCUGUGAGAGUAAAUGUUUCUUAGAGAGUUUGUUCUAGGUGAAAUCAUUAUAUUAUCUUAUAACAUUCAGAAAUAAUCCAAAGCGUCUUAGAGUACCAUAUUAAGCACUAUAUAAAUUUCAUUUAUUAUUAUUAUUAUUAUCCAUAUUGGGUGUAUUGGCCGUAGCCAUCGUGGGCUACAGUUUUUUUUUGUUAGGCUG